AUGACAUCUUCAAAAGCAAGAAAAUCUUCAAUUGAGAUAAACUUCAAUGGCAUGUUUGUGACGAGUCCAUUUGCUUAUGAAGGAGGUGAAAUCAAAGCACUUGAUAAUCUUGAUUUCACAACCAUGGAAUACUCUGAGUUUUCUGAUUUCUUGAAGAAGGAAACAGAUGCAGACUGCUCAGGUAUAUAUUAUGUUAUUCCUGGCAAGGAAUUGCAUAAUGGAUUAAGGCUUAUAAAAAGUGAUGUGGAUUUCAAAAUUUUUGUUGAUUAUGGACAUAGAAGUAAGCGUAGAAUUGCAUUAUACCUUGAACAUUUCGAUGAAGAUUUGACAGAGUACCUUGAAGGGGUUGAAGAUGUAGUAAACCACAAGAUGGAUGAGAGUGAAAAUGAAACAGACAGCAUGAGUGAUGAUGAUGAUGAUGAUGAUGAUGUUGAUGAUGACGACGACGAUGAUGACGAUGAGAGUGAAGACACUGCUUCCAUAGAUCAUUUGUCAGCAGAUGAAGUAGAACUCAGUGAACUUAGAAAGAAGAAAAGAGCACGCAUCAUUGAACCAAUCAUGUUUGGUUCAGGGCGAAAUAGUCUUUUUGAUGCUGAUGUUGAUGAACUGUCGAAAGAAGAUACUAUGGUAAUCGAACAUGAAAGCUUUUUGAAUGAACUUUCAAUGUCUUUACAAAAACAGACACAUAAUAACAUGAAGAAUGAUGGAGUAAAGUAUCCUAGACAUAAUCCUAGUGUCACUCUAAUAUCUAACGAACACAUGGGAGUAAUUGAAGCAGUGAAUGAUGUGUUGCCACAAGCAGAACACAGACAAUCUGAAAACUGGGAUGAUGAUAUUUGUCCCACCAUUCGAAAGAAACUUGAACACACAAAAGAGUUAGAAAGGUUUUGGCGUGUGAUACCAUGUGGUGGAUCUUUGUUUGAGGGGGUUACCCCUUUAGCACAAAAGCCAGCUGUAAACAUGCCUAGAAAAAGGGGGAAGUUGAGAAAAAGGAAAAGGGAUGCAAUGGAAGUGUAUGUGUCUAGUGGAAGUGGGGCCAUGGUGGCACAUGUGUCUGGUGGUGGUGUGGUGGUGCAUAGCUCUGGUGGAGGGACAGUGGAUAGGGAAGGAAGAAGGAUGACUUGUAAGAAGUGUUUACAGGUGGGGCAUAAUGUGAGAUCAUGUAAGAAUGAAAAGAGGGAUUCACCAAGAAAGGAGGCUAGACAGGCUGGAAGGAAGAAGGUGAUUAUUGUUAGUGAGGGGGGAGGAGGACGUACAGGUGGCAGAGGUGGAAGAAGGGGGAGAGGAGGUGGGAGAAAGGGUUUGUUUGGAUCAGAUCAUAUGACGGAAGAUGAUGUGAUAGGGUGUGGUGAUGACAUUCCUCUUGCUGUUUGGCCACCGCUUGGAGUACCACUUCUUUUGGACAAACAACAUGUGGAGGUUGCAAAACAAGAAGAAACCGGAAUGGAAUUGACAUCACAAAAUCAAGAGGAAAGUGGAAUGGAAUUGACAUCACAAAAUAAAGAAGAUGGAGUAGAAGUCAAAGACAAAGAGGCUAGCCCAAAUAAAGAUGAAGGGCUUAUCUCACAUGGUGUUGAAGACCCUAUCCCCAUUAAGGUUGAAGGUUCUCCUCCUCCUAUACCACAUGAAGAAGAUAAAGGGCCUAUUCCAAUUCAAGUUGAAGACCCUAUCCCACAUAAACAUCAAGAUACUCCCUCAAAUAAAGAUCAAGAGCCUACCCCAAUUAAAGAACAAGACCCCUCUAUCAUAAGUGAAGAUCAAGGGCCUAUUCCAAUUGAGGUUGAGGGCCCUGAAGAUCAAGAACCUAUCCCAACUAAAGAUCAAGAGGCUCCUAUCAUACAUGAAGAUGAAGGGCCUAUUCCAAUUGAGGUUGAAGUUGAAGUUGCGGACCCCAUAUCACAUGAAGAUCACGAAGAAUCUAUCCCAACUAAAGAUCAAAAGCCUAUUUCAAAUGGAGAACAUGAACAUCAAGAGUUUAUACCAAAUGAAGCUAAAGAGUCUAUCCCAAGUAGAAUGAAGAUAAAAAACCUAUCCUAG